AUGCUUGCCUCUAGACAGGUUCUCGGCAAUGUUGCCCGGAACCGCGUCCUCUUCGGCGCUGCCAGCAGUGUCCGCCACCUUGCCACCGCCAGCAAUUCCGUCCUGGACAGAAAAGUCCGUCAAAAUAUCUGGGAGGAGAACAACUUCAUCAACUACAAGAAGAUGUCCGAGAAUUUGGCCAUUGUCCGCAGUCGCCUGAAUCGACCUCUGACUUAUGCCGAGAAGAUUUUGUAUUCGCACUUGGACGAUCCUCAUGGCCAGGAUAUCGAGCGUGGCAAGUCAUAUCUGAAAUUGCGACCCGAUCGUGUUGCAUGCCAAGACGCCACGGCGCAAAUGGCUAUCCUUCAGUUCAUGUCUGCAGGCAUGGAUCAGGUUGCCAACCCCACAACAGUUCACUGCGACCAUUUGAUCGAGGCCCAGGUUGGCGGCGAAAAGGAUCUGGCCCGUGCCAUCAACAUCAACAAAGAAGUUUACGACUUCCUGUCUUCUGCUUGUGCCAAGUACAACAUUGGAUUCUGGCGACCUGGAUCCGGCAUCAUUCACCAGAUCAUUCUAGAGAACUACGCUUUCCCUGGUGGCUUGCUCAUCGGCACCGACUCUCACACUCCCAAUGCCGGCGGUCUUGGCAUGUGUGCCAUUGGCGUUGGUGGUGCUGAUGCUGUCGACGUCAUGGCGAACCUUCCAUGGGAAUUGAAGGCUCCCAAAGUCAUCGGUGUCAAGCUAACGGGUGAACUAUCUGGCUGGACCGCUCCUAAAGACAUCAUUCUCAAGGUUGCAGACAUUCUUACUGUCAAGGGCGGCACUGGAGCCAUUGUCGAAUACCAUGGUCCUGGCGUAAACAGCAUCAGCUCAACAGGAAUGGCCACGAUCGCCAACAUGGGCGCCGAGAUCGGAGCGACAACCUCUGUGUUCCCAUUCAACGACCGCAUGUAUGACUACUUGGCGGCCACCAAGCGGAAAGAUAUCGGCGAUUUUGCCCGCUCUUAUGCCGCGGAGCUUCGUGAAGAUAAAGGUGCCGAGUACGACCAGAUGAUUGAGAUCAACCUGUCAGAGCUAGAGCCUCACAUCAAUGGUCCUUUCACCCCUGACUUGGGCACCCCUAUUUCAAAGUUCAGUCAAGCCGUCAAAGAAAAUGGCUGGCCUGAGGAGCUCAAGGUCGGGCUCAUUGGGUCUUGCACAAACUCCUCCUAUGAGGAUAUGUCUCGCGCUGCGUCUAUUGCUCGUGAUGCCUUGGAUCAUGGCCUCAAAGCCAAGGCUGCGUUCACUGUCACCCCUGGGUCAGAGCAAAUUCGUGCCACCAUUGAGCGAGAUGGCCAGCUUAAAACAUUUGAAGAGUUUGGCGGUAUUGUCUUGGCCAAUGCUUGUGGACCCUGUAUUGGGCAAUGGGACCGUCAAGACGUGAAGAAGGGCGAGGCCAACUCCAUUUUGUCCUCUUACAACAGAAAUUUCACUGGCCGAAACGACGGAAAUCCCGCCACUCACUCCUUUGUCACCUCUCCCGAUCUCGUUGUCGCUCUCACGAUUGCUGGCACUUUGCACUUCAAUCCGCUCACUGAUAAGCUCAAGGACAAGGAUGGAAAAGAAUUUCUCCUGAAACCUCCAACUGGGGAUGGCUUGCCCGCGCGGGGCUACGAUCCGGGGAACGACACCUACCAGGCACCUCCCAAGGAACGCGCCACCGUCAACGUCCAGGUCUCUCCCUCCUCUGACCGUCUUCAGAUUUUGCAGCCUUUCCAGCCUUGGGAUGGAAAGGAUGCCAAAGACAUCCCCAUUCUCAUCAAAGCCAAAGGCAAAACAACCACUGACCACAUCUCCAUGGCCGGUCCCUGGCUGAAGUAUCGCGGCCACCUUGACAACAUCUCCAACAAUAUGCUGAUUGGCGCAAUCAACGAGGCUAACGAUGAAGCGAACAAGAUUCAUAAUUUCACCACUGGAGAGUGGGAUGCGGUUCCUGCUGUGGCCCGUGAUUACAAGAAGAAGGGAAUCAAGUGGGUUGUGAUCGGUGAUUGGAACUACGGCGAGGGUAGCUCGCGUGAGCAUGCUGCGCUCGAACCUCGACACCUUGGAGGACUAGCAAUUGUCACCAGAAGCUUUGCUCGUAUUCAUGAAACGAACCUGAAGAAGCAAGGCAUGCUUCCUCUUACUUUUGCCGAUCCAGCUGACUACGACAAAAUCAAGCCGGAUGACAAGGUCGACAUCAUCUGCACGCAGCUGGCCGUUGGCAAACCAGUGACUAUGGUUGUACAUCCCAAGGACGGUAAGACGUUUGAAAUCCAAUUGCAGCAUACCUUCAAUGAGCCUCAACUUGAGUGGUUUAAGAACGGAAGCGCACUCAAUACCAUGGCCAAGGCUGCUCGACAGUAA